AAGCUCCAAAACGCCCGCGAAGCAGUUUACACUCUGGAGAGAGAUAAGAGAUAGAGAAAAAGUACAGAGAAGAAAACGAGUUCACUUGUAGUAUAAUUUCAACAGCAAUGGUGACUCUACAAUUAUCUGAUUAUUCAAAUCCAAUUAUUCUUCUCAAACCUUCUUCUUCUUUGAAGAAUUAUUCAAGAUUUUCUCAACAAACUCGAUUCUUUCCCACUAUUGCUAAAGCUAAUUCAUCUUCAUCAUCAUCAUCAUCAAAUUCACAACAACAACAAAAAAUUCAUUGUUUAAAUAGAAGACAAUUAAUAACUGAAACAGCUUUACUUUCUGUUUCUUUAUCUUCUCUGAUUGGAUUUGAACAACCAGCUAAAUCUGAAGAACCCCCUCUUUCUGAAUGGGAAAGAGUUUACCUUCCUAUUGAUCCUGGUGUUGUUCUUCUCGAUAUCGCCUUCGUUCCCGAUGACCGCAAUCAUGGUUUUUUGUUGGGGACAAGACAGACUAUAUUGGAGACUAAAGAUGGAGGGAAUACUUGGCUUCCACGUUCAAUUGCUUCUGCUGAAGAUGAAGAUUUUAAUUACAGAUUUAAUUCAAUUAGUUUCAGAGGUAAAGAAGGAUGGAUUGUUGGAAAGCCUUCCAUUUUGCUAUAUACUGAUGAUGCUGGCGAAAACUGGAAGCGAAUUCCUUUAAGUUCUCAACUUCCUGGAGAUAUUGUUUAUAUAAAGGCGACAGAUGAUACGAGCGCUGAAAUGGUUACUGAUGAAGGUGCUAUCUAUGUUACAUCAAACAAAGGGUACAAUUGGAAGGCUGCCGUUCAAGAGACCGUCUCGGCCACUCUUAACAGAACAGUUUCCAGCGGAAUUAGUGGUGCAAGUUACUACACCGGAACUUUUAAUACAGUGAACCGCUCUCCUGAUGGAAACUAUGUUGCUGUAUCAAGCCGUGGUAACUUCUACCUUACUUGGGAGCCUGGGCAGCCAUACUGGCAGCCACAUAAUAGAGCAGUUGCAAGGAGGAUUCAGAACAUGGGAUGGAGAGCUGAUGGUGGUCUUUGGCUUCUGGCACGUGGUGGGGGACUUUAUCUCAGCAAAGGCACAGGGAUAACGGAGGAUUUUGAAGAAGUUCAAGUACAGAGUCGAGGUUUUGGUAUUCUUGAUGUUGGGUUUCGCUCAAAGGAUGAGGCUUGGGCAGCCGGUGGUAGUGGAGUUCUUCUAAGGACCAACAACGGUGGCAAAACAUGGGUCCGAGAUAAGGCAGCAGAUAAUAUUGCAGCAAAUCUCUACUCAGUGAAGUUUAUCAAUGAUAACCAGGGGUUUGUCCUAGGAAAUGAUGGCGUCUUGCUUCGGUAUCUAGGAUGACCGGCCUUUAAGUUUGGCAAUCAUGUUUAGUUUUGUGAUGCAACUGCUGUCUAAUAGAGUUAUCCCCUACAUACAGGAGAAUGCAACUGAAAAACUUUACAAAGACUACUUCUAUCUGAGACAUGUAAUCAAGUAUGAGCCCUUUCUUGUAUUAAAAAACUUUGAAGUCUCAAAACUUGAAUUUGUGUUGUGCAACUAUAUGUAAUUUUUUUUUUUGGUAUCUACUCCCAACAUCAUAAAAUUCUUUACCUAAAUGCAAUACUAUUCACAUAAUUGAAUUUACAUUGGG